AUGAUAUUGGAUAUUGGAAAUCUAGUAGAAGUUAAGGUCACUAGUAUAAAACGCCCAAGGUCAUUUCAUUCAUCGUUCUGGAGUCAUUGGAAUAAACUUCUGUCACUAAUUUCAAACCUAAUCCAAUCUCGACCAAACCUAAUUUCUCCCAUACAAUAUGGAUGGCUGGAACCUUACAUGGAUGAAAUGUUUAUUAAACGAGCCUUUGAAACAUCAGGUGAAAAUAUAGUGAGUGUAAAAGUUAUCCGAAACAAGGCGACUGGGCAAACUCUUGGUUAUGGUUUCAUAGAGUUUGCUAACUCAACAUCUGCGAGAGAUGCAAUGCUUAAGUUGAAUGGCAAGCUCAUUCCUGGAGCCCCUACCAGAAGAUUUAAACUUAAUCACGCUAGUUACGGGAAAGAUAGCACUUCUAGUAAUGAAUGUUCGUUAUUUGUUGGUGAACUAACAGAAGAUGUUGAUGAUCUUGCUUUAUUCAAUGCUUUUAAAAAAUACCCAACAUGCCGUUCAGCUAAAGUUGUGAUGACAAAUGGCAAGUCUCGUGGAUACGGUUUUGUUCGUUUCCUCACUGAAUCUGAUAUGGAUAAAGCGUUGAUUGAAAUGCAAAAUUAUUGUGGUUUAGGCUAUAAACCGAUUCGAGUGAGUCUUGCUAUUCCGAAGCGUUAUAAUGCAGAUGGAAGUCUGGUUGUUACUACAACAGCAUCUGAGACGAGUUCAGUGGUUCCAAGUGGUAUGCCCGAUCCAUUCACUGCUGCAGUUGCGGCUGCUGUAACGGGGAAUUCUGCAGCUCAAGCAGAAUAUUAUCAAGCUUAUCAACAAUACUAUCAACAGUACUAUGCUUCUCAAUAUGCAGCCCAGUUUUAUUCCAGUGAAUCAUCUACAAAUGGCGACUUAGCUAAUUCUGGAAUAACAUCGAUUGCCGGUGGUGGUACGCUUGUAGGCGAUGCUACAGUUCAACAGCAUGCAUUCGUCGAUGCUGCUGCCUCACAUUUAUAUGCUAGAGCACUUCAGCAAGGCACCGGCUCACAUGAAUAUGCCCCAGAGCCACAUGUUUUAUCAUCAGCUUGUGAUCGUCCACGACAUGUAGAUGAUUUAGAUGAAGUGUUCAAUUUUCUAGAAGCAUCACGAUGGCAUGUCACUGAUCCAUCAUUGGGAUUAUUUAUUAAAAUAAGACCAUAA